CGCGUCACGUGCAAUAAAAACAAUUGUGAACUUAGACCUUAUAACUUCACAACGGCGGGGGAGCAAAGGAGUAAUAACAACAGCAGCUUAGUGUAUUGUAUUUCAUGUAAAACUAUGGGUAUUUUGCCUGUGAUAUGUGUACUGAGUCUCAUAACGCAUACUCAAGCUGUGGAUCCAAUACAAAUAUGUGGUGCUGAUGGAUACGAUAUUACGAAUUUAACCAGUGCUGACUACUGGGAGUUCUCUACAAGUCAAAAGUGUCUUCAUUUGGGCAACACCACCACUUCAAACUGUACGUUUUUCAUGGCGUUUUGUAAGCCUUUGCAAACAGGAGGAGCCAAUUGUACCAACGCAGGCAUCUGCCAGAUGGAUGAUGACAACACAGAAAAUGUUUAUAGAAUAGGUGGAUACCGGCAAAACCCUUUCGUGGAACAAGUAACGAAUGGCUUUUACGCUGGAUUUCCGAACGGACAACCCUUCACAACUUCUUUUGGAAAACCGUGCAAUCUUUCCAUUUUAAUUGAGUUUAAAUGCAACAAGAAUGUACUGUGGAGGGCAAAUAUUGAUACUUCUACUGUAAAUCCCUCUGAGGCUCCGAAUCCAACGAAGUUAGUGUACCACCCAACUUCUUGUGCUUAUCAGCUAACUUUUGACUAUGCGGGUGCAUGUCAGAAAAUUAGUCCAGCAACAACAGUAACUUCUUUAAGUGGAUCAAGGACGUAUAUUGAAUAUACGUCCUUGAGUGGAUGUACAGUGCUAAUCAUCAUAUUUUUGUCUCAUUGUUUCUUUACAUCCUUUUCGGCAGUCUAGCGAACGCGUGUGUGUUUGAGCAGACAAGGGUUCAG